UGGGGGGCGGAGAGGUCUCCGCUAAAAAGCCACGCUCAGUUCUAAACCGAACGCCGACCGAUACGGCCGAACUACCCCCGUUCGUAUAUUGCGCGAUUAUCUACACGUACGGUCGUGCGAGUCUCUAUCUCUCUUGUUGCGGUUAGUAGUGACGAUUAAUAUAGAAAAUAUUAAAAACUACAAGUGGUUAAUAGCUUGCACAGUUGUGGAUUAAUGAACGUGGUUUAAAAAAGAAAUACAAACGAUACCAAUGUGAUAUAUCUCUAAUGGAAUAUUGAGUUCGAUCGCCGUGAAGGAUUAGUGUGAACGACGAACAGAGUGAUAAUUUAAGAGCGAGAUAUUAGAAGGGGAGAAUAGUACGUUUCAAUAAAGAUUUGGUGCUCACAGGAUUUAUUACGUCUGUUUGCGGUUAUGAACGCUAAAGCGGACGAACCGUCGCGCCGGUGAGAAGCCGCCGGCAUUUAUUUUUUUUCUCAUUUCUUUACAGGCGAUAUAUCUCUUAGCGUGCUCUCUCACUUUUUGUCUCUUUCUCCCAUCUGUCUCUCUCUCUUUCUCUCUCUCUCUCUGUCUGGGAUACAGUGCGCGGAUAUUAAUGCGAUAUGCCUAAUCAACGAGAUUCGCUCGCAUCAGCGAUCCAGACUAAUUAGUGCGAGAUCAUUUAAAAGUAUAUACAGAGUGAAUAGAAUCGAUUUGGUGAUUAGGGAUUGAAACCACCUGUAAGCCACUAUUCUCGCCUCCUACAUCCCCUAUCAACGACCUUCUCCCUUGUCAUUGUAAUUCACUUCAUCCCUCCUACAAACCAUUUCCUCUUCCUGAUCAUUUUGACACACACCCUGCAACAUCAGUGGUAUCUUCAUCCCGCUUCCAUUCUUACUGCAUCCACGACACAACGCACUCCUUAUUCACUCGGUACAGACAUUAUCCCUUCUGCCGUAUCCAUGAUAUCCGGAUAGUGACCUGCUGUGGAAUCCCGUAGUCAAGCCUUCGGAUCUGGCUGCUAUAAAGCAUACAUCCACCAUAGAAGUAAUAAUCCGCGAGUAUACAGCGAGGGGAGUCGAUUUCGCGGUUUUACGAAGCUGGUGCCGAUGUAUCGUAUGUCGAAGGCGUAAGAGCGUCGUCGUCAUGAAAAUGCAAAAGCCCGACACGCCUCGUGAAAGCAGACGCUGUUAAACGACAAAGAGAUUUUUCACGGAAGACGAGGACCCUGACGACCCUAUAAUAAUCCGGUGCACUUGAAACAACGGAUUCAUCCAGGUUGAAUCAGAAGAGAGAAGGAAGCUAUAUCAUUGGAGCAUCCUUAUCAAGCGUCGUUCUCAUCAUCAACGUCACUAUCGUCACCUGAACUGGAUACUGAUUAAGGGUCACGUACGUCACGUGCCCAUCCCUGGUAUCUGUCAAUGGUCUAGAGGAUUACCAACCGGAAGAAGGACCCCAGGCAUCAACCCCAAAGAAGAAGAGAGAGAAAAAUAGAAAAGAGUACAUAACGAGAGAAAAAGAGACAGAGAGAGAGAGAGAGAGAGAAGAAAAAGAAAUACAAGGAACCUGGAAAAUCCUGUAAUUUCCCAGGAGCCAGUACCAAAGUGCACCACCACCACCACCAGGAGGCAGCUCCCCGACGACGAGGUAGAGGACGACGGUGUGCGAAGGCACUCACGCUGACGGAAUUCUAAGCGUCGUAUUAGCAUAACCUCCUCUCAUCCUCGAGUGGGUACCAGCAGGACUCAGCAUCGGCGUCGCGACGCCACUCGCCACGGGUACAACAGCCGGCAACUCGCUUACUGACGUCAGCCGCCCUGCCCAACAGCGGAAGUGACGGGGCGCCCGGCAGAUUUCCAACGUCAGGACCGAUGGCGGCCGCGAGCUUUCCCCCGAACUUCGCGAACGUCGGCGUCAUCGAGAAUUGCGCUGGCAUGGAAGCGAACGGCGCGAUUGACCACGACUUCCACAACGCCCUAGUGCCAAUAAAUGGCAGCCACUCGGGAAGCUCCGGAAGGAGCACACCCAACGGUGGUGACCCGGCACCAGGAAAGCUCUUCGUCGGCGGGCUUUCCUGGCAGACAAGCAGCGAGAAGCUGCGAGAAUACUUUGGGAUGUUCGGCACCGUCACGGACGUACUCAUAAUGAAGGAUCCAGUUACACAGCGCAGCCGUGGCUUCGGCUUCAUCACCUUCGCCGAGCCCGGCAGCGUCGACAAGGUCCUCAAGUGUCCGAUUCACACCCUGGACGGGAAGAAGAUCGACCCGAAGCACGCGACCCCGAAGAACCGGGCGAAGCAGGCGAACCGCACCAAGAAGAUCUUCGUAGGAGGCGUCAGUCAGGACACGAGCAGCGACGAGGUCAAGGCCUACUUCAAUCAGUUUGGAAAGGUCGAAGAGACGGUGAUGCUGAUGGACCAGCAGACAAAGAGACAUCGGGGCUUCGGGUUCGUCACCUUCGAGAACGAGGACGUCGUGGACCGCGUGUGCGAGAUCCACUUUCACACGAUCAAGAACAAGAAGGUCGAGUGCAAGAAGGCCCAGCCCAAGGAGGCUGUGCAACCCGGUGCACUCACCCUGGGCAAGAGGGUCGUCCUUAGCACGUUGGGGGUCCGACUGGCCCCUCAGCCACCGUUGCCGGUUGCCUCGCAGAUAGUGGCGGCUCAGGCGCAGGCGCAGGUGCAGGCUGCCGCAGCUGCGGCCGCCGCGGCGCAGGUGCAGAACGCCGUGGCCGGCUAUGGAAAACUCUUUGGCAGCUAUCCUGCCCUCUCAGCCUACAGAUACGCCCCGUAUCCGAUUCCUGCUGCGGUUGCAGCCGCCCCCGCCCCAGCACCGGCACCACCAGCUAACCCUGCGACCGCUGCCGCUCCUGGUAAUCCCUACCAAGGAUACUCCCUGACCAACGUCGACAUGUCCAGCUUCCAGGGUGUCGAUUGGGGCUCCAUGUAUGGCAUGGGGAUGUACGUCUAGAGAGAGUAUCCUUAGGACUAACCCUGUACUCUCUGUAUUUGCGAUAUUCCCAACGCGAGGCGUAGACACACCCUACUGCUACUUCUCAACCGAUGCAACUAUCUAAUACUAUUGCUACUACUCUACCCACUAAUACUGUCACUACUGCUACUACCGUUACUGAUAUCUACCUUGACUACCGCUACUCUACUAUCUAUGACUGCUUAUUCUAUUUGUUGCUCUUCGUCGAGACAACGAGGAGUGCCACGUGAUCGAGGAAUGGAUCUUGCCGGGGAUGACGGAAUUAACUCGCGCACAUUCUACGUCCUCGGUGAUUAUCAUGAGACUCGUUUGAUAAUUGCGAAUAGUCACGGCGACACGUUACUUUAGUGCGAACACGAGAAUUCAGGGGAGAGAGAGAGAGAGAGCGUCUUGUGAAAGCGCGCGAAAAUUGAAAGCGAUUUGAACUUUUGAAAUGUAUUAUUAGGAUACGAUGCGUCGAGUUUUACGAUUUUCCGAUUCCACUGUAAACGCGAGUAAAAUGAUCUCAUACCGAGUCUGCGAUAAGUCUGCGAUAAGUCUGCGAUAGGCAUGGUCAAUGGCAUCGAUCCUCGAUUUAAGCGAAACGGAGCUCGAUGAGACGACGGGAAACAAUUGGAAGAAAGACAAAGCGAUACGCAUGGGAGACGUUAAGUCUGAGACGUUCGCGUGUGUCAUAUCGAUCAAUGCGGAUAUACAAAAUUCCUAGAGACUUGUAUGAAAUUCCUACGUUAUAUACGACGGAAUCAUCCGAUCUUCCUCCCUCCUCUUUAUAUCAAUUCCAAAUCCUAAUUCCUUGCGAGAUAUCCUAGCCCCGCUACCCACAGAACUACCCACCAAAACGCUACUCCUUAAUUAUAACUUAUUGUCGAGUCUUGUAUUAAUUAUAUUCUGUAAUUUAGUCGUUGCGUUUAGCACAUUCGGUUCCUAGUUAAGACGAGAGAAAGCGCGUGGUUGGCAACGCGCCUUUAUUCUAUUAUAUUACUCAAUCGUUUUCAUUCUCAUUUUUGAGCUUUAUCGUGUUUCUCAAUUUUCUUUUUUUUUCGACAAAAUUAUUUCGAGCAAUCAUUCCAUUCGCUGACCUCUCUCGUCAUUUGCUUUCCGAGGGGAAAACGGAAUGGCGAAAAAGGUAAAACGAUGGACAAGUAUUCUUUAGGCGCACCGAUAAAAGAAAAAUACAAAAAAAAAAAAAGAAAAGAAACUCACUAAGCAACGUCCGAUAAUGACCGCGCGAUGGGAUUUCGUUGAAAAUUCGGUGCAGCCGUUAAUAAUACAAAAGAAGAGGAAGAAAAGAAACUCACUAAGCAACGUCCGAUAAUGACCGCGCGAUGGGAUUUCGUUGAAAAUUCGGUGCAGCCGUUAAUAAUACAAAAGAAGAGGAAAGAAAAAAGAGAAGGAAGCACUUUCGAAGCAAUACUACUUUACUACUAACUGAUAGGCGAGUUUCGCGAAAUUUAAAUGCGCCAUGUUGUCGUAUUCGACCUGUUGUCGUUCGCCGAUCUUAUUGAUACAUAGGGGAAAGAAACUACGAGUCGAAUUACUAUCUAAAGUAAAGAGACAGAAAAGAAAAGGAAUUUCGAAAGAAACACAAAAAAAAACAAAAGUUCCACAUCAUCCAACGACCAACCCUAACUUACCCUGCAACCCUUCCAUUAACCUAAUCCCAAGUUAAGCAAGAAAAAUCUCGAUCCUCCCUUUUCAAGAGAAAACUGAAUGACAAAUAGAGAGAAGGAAAAAAGAAACCAAGAGAACCGUACCUCUUAUCACCUAGCCAUUUUCGUGUUAUCGAAGACAAUAUUCUCUGCUCUCCAUCGCGUAAGGACUAGAACUUCGUUAAAUAUACAUAUAUACAUACGUUGUAAACGCUGCGCGACUCGUCGUCGUUCGUCACGCGACCGAUCCUGCGUUAUCGCGUGUCGCGUGUCGCGGGUCGGUCGGGGUAUGCGAGAGAGUGAAAAAGAAAGAGAAAUGAGAAGGAAAAAGAUGAAAGCAGAGUAAGAAAAGAAAAAAAAAAAAGAAAAAGCACGCGGAAGUGAUGACCACGGUAUGGUCACGAGAGAUUAGAUACGUUUUAUUUAUUUUUUCUGUCACUUUGGCACCGUCGUCAUAUUUUCGUCAUAAUUUUUUUCUUGGCCAAAAAAAAAAACAGAACAGAACUGUCCACGAGCCAGCGAGGACUGUUUACCUUAUCGAUUUAGAAAACGCCCUGAUGGUACUUAAAUACUUUGAAAUGAGAUACUUAAGUGACGACACGCGACGUGAGGAACGAUAUAUAUAUAUUAAACAGAAAAAAAAAAGGUGACGAGAAAUGGGAGAACUUAAGAUUUAGCUCAGUAAGCGUAAGGUUAAAUUUAAGUGAAAUAAGUCGUUAAUUAACUUAUACAUAAACGCGUUAAUUAAUCUAUUCUGAUAAUACGGUACGUACAUAUACAUAAAAGCGCGUGCGCGCGCACGCAUUAUAUUUAAAUGAGGAAAGAAUGAGGAUGAUUUUAUGGAUAUUAUUAUUAUUAGUGUAGAACGUCGAGACGCGAUCCAGAAUGAGAAUCAAAAUCGAUUCUGCGAUCAAUCGACACGAGUUCGAUCAAGGUGUGUAAUUUGGACGAAUGGAUUUUACGUGCGGCAAUGAUAGUCGAUUAGAGAGAGAUGCGAAGUAAUAAAUCGAAGAGUAUCGUAGGUGGAGGGAGAGAGAAAAAAAACAGGGAACGGAUAAAACAAUAUAGACGAGAAAACAGAUAAGGAAAAUAAGUGCGAGAUAGAGCAUAAAACGAAGGACGAGAACAAGAUUUGGUUUGAACGGAUAACGUGAGAAAAUAUUCAGCGGCGUACGCGAUGAUAAUUCGAAAAAAAAAAAAAAAAAGAAACGAACCUCGAUAACGAAGGAUGUGAGAAAUUUCGAGCAAUAAGUGAUUACUCAACUAUACUUAACGAUAUAAACUACGUAUAGGCGCGUACAAGUAUAUACAUUAUACAAGAUUGAAUAUGUAUAAUAUAUAUAUCCGUACGAGGGAUACAUAGUAACGAUAACAAUAGUAACUUAAUAAAUAUAUCGCUUAAUGUUCGCGUGGAAGCGACAUGAGAAAUAGGAAGGAAAAGUAUUAUAAGAGAGAGAGAGAGAGAGAGAUUAAAGAGAAGAAAAGAAAAGCGUACGAGAAUCGAUGAUGAAUCGAGAGAGUAGAGGCGGGAGUGAGAAAUGAAAACGAAAAAGGAAAAUUGAGAAAAUUGCAAAAGAGACGAAAGACGAUAUCCUUUCUAAGCGAUAAGUAAUAAUAUUACCUAGUGAUAACGAGUACAUUACACAGACGGAUACUGAUAACGUGCUCUAGUGAUAUGCACUACAUGCAGGUACAUAAAAAAAAAACAUAGGACACGUGAAGA